UGGAAGGAACAAGUCAGUUGAGAGGAAAAAACUAAAAUAAUGGGCUCCCAAACAGUUCCCAAGCUUCCUGUUGUAGACUUAACAAAGGAAGACUUGAAGCCAGGCACUAGUUCUUGGCUUGGGACAUCCAAUGAAGUUCUAAGGGCACUAGAAGAGUAUGGUUGUUUUGUAGCAGUUUAUGAUAAACUUCCUUUGAAGCUUCACAACUCAAUGUUGGAGUCAUUGGAAGGGUUGUUUGAUCUCCCAGCAGAAACCAAAUUUCACAACACUGCCAAUGAAGAAGGAAUUACCUAUUAUGGGACUGCCAGUGAAGGUUUUCUCUUUGAGAAUGCAACAACUCUUGAGGGCACACAAAGAUUCACCAAUGUCUUGUGGCCUUCCACUGGAAAUGAUACUUUCUGUGAAACUACACUCCUAUUCUCAAAGAAAUUAGAAGAACUAGUUGAAAUGGUGAUGAGAAUGGUAUUUGAAAGCUAUGGUUUAGACAAGUACUACUAUGAAUCUCAAAUUGCAUCAAGCACUUAUCAUAUGGCAUUGGCAAAAAUACAACCUCCAAAGAUGAAUGAGAAGAAGGGUAUUGGAUCUCAUUCAGACAAGAGCAUCCUAUCCAUUGUUGAUCAAAAUCAUGUUACAAGUUUGGAGAUACAAACAAAGGAUGGCCGUUGGAUUACUUUUGAGCCAUCACCUUCACACUUGGUUGUUAUGGCCGGCGAAGCUUUUAUGGCAUGGAGCAAUGGCAGGAUACAUUGUCCAUCUCAUGUUCAUGGUAUCAUCACCACCACGCCACCCCAAGAGAAUGGGAAAGAAGAAGUAAACUACUCUGCGGCGCUUCUCUCGUACAUGAAAGGCAUGGUGCAGCCACCAGACAAGCUUGUUGAUGACGAACAUCCCUUGUUGUUCAAGCCCUUUUCCAACCUUGGAUUUCUUAAAUAUUGGAUUCAAGAGGUGGCAAAGAACCCUAAGUGUUCUCUCACAGAUUAUUGUGGUGUUUAAUAAUUAAUACCUCCUUUAAUCUCUAGGAAACUGUCUACUCAUCUACUCUAAUAUUUCAUAUAUAUUUUCUUUAAUUAUGAGUAUGGUCCUGAAUCUUUUGGGCCUUUAAGUGAACUCUUAUUUUGAGACCAUCUACAUAUGUUUACACACAAUAAAUAAUAAAAAAAUUGUGGCUAAAUGGUAA